AGGGUUAUCUCUCAGAUCUGGGUUUUGUUCUUCUUCUCUUUUCUUAACCGAUGCCUCCGAUUCUGCUUCCUCCCCGGUUGAUUGCGUUUGGUCACGAGCCUCGCGGCGAUAGGGUUAAUGUGUAUCAUAAGAUGAAAACCCUUUGCGCUAUCUUCAACUCUCUCGACGAUGGUGAACGGCAGUUCCUUUCUCGAUCUACAUUCGGUCAACUAUUGGAGUUUCCUAACAAACCCGCCUGGUCUGCGAGCUUUGGGAUUUUUAUAUUGGGUAGACAGUUGGAGGUGGCGAAGCCGAACGAGAUUUGGGUGCUCUUUGCCGGAAUUCCUAUUCGUUUUUCUUUGAGAGAGUUCAAGAUUGUUACGGGUUUACCUUGUGGGAAGUAUCCGAAUUUGAAGAAGAAAAAGAAGAAAGGCACUGCGGGGAAGACGAUUCCAUUUUACAGUAAGUUGUUUGGCCUUGAAGAAGAUGUAACUGUAGACCGGGCUAUUACGAUGUUGAAGAAAAGGAUUAUCUCCGAUGCCGAUAUGAGGAUCCGACUUGCUUGCUUAGCUAUUGUCGAUGGUUUCCUUGUCCCUACCUCUCAUUAUCCUAAGAUUGUUAAAGCUCACGCCGAAAUGGUUGAGGACGUGGAUGCAUUUCUUGCAUACCCUUGGGGCCGUCUCUCUUUCGAGAUGAUGAUUAAGUCGAUUAAAGAGAGGGAAAUUGAACAAUUAGCAAUUACUUGUUUUAGCGUUCAGGGGUUGUUAUACGCUCUGCAAUUGGUUGUCUUACAGGCAGCUCCAUCUAUUCAAGAUGGACCUGUAAUUGAUGAGAUCAUUGAGUCUGAAGCUGAAGCCGGCGAUGUCGAUGUUGAAGAUGCCCCUCGAGAGUCUGUCCCUUUCAAGCUAGGGAAUGCUAAAGUGUUGGAUAAAAAAUGCUCGAUUUUUGUUGAUACCAUUAUUUGUCCUGAUUAUGCGUUGAAUCCGGAGGAAGAUUUGUCUUGGUCUGAUGAUGAGGAAGAUGAGAAGGUCGAUAAUAUUCUGAUGUUUGUAGGUGAGGGUCUGAUUUUCAAGAAUGACAUGUUUGAUGGUGGAGUUAUCCCAUCCCAGUUGAAAUUGGCUUCAAAAAAACAAAAGCGAGGUGGUAAAUCCAAUGGUUGUCGCACUAGGAAAGCUGCCAAACUAACUAAGAACGGUGGUGUUAGGAGCAGACAAGAAAGACCUAUCCCUGAGGAAGGCGGGAGUUCAGGAGGUCCUUCGUUGGAGUCUAUUUCCCUUUUGUUGGAUGCCAAACUUGAAGGGCAGGCGAAAAAAAUCAUUGCCGCGGUGACAGAUUGGUUCACUAAAAACACUGUUAUUGAAGGCGAAACCUCGAAAGAGCCUGUCAGUGGGUCUACUCGUCAUAAGAAGGCUGCCAACAAUGGUAACGAUGGUGUUGCUAAUUCUGAUGGUCUGGGUUCCAAUGGUGGUGAUGAUGAUAUUGGAUUUGAUUCUCUCCGCCACUCCCGUGGCCAUGCUCGGUCUCAUUGCCGCGAAGGAACUUCUAAUGUCGAGGCCACUGUGGAUGAAAUUUUAUCUUUCUACUCUGAGAAGGUUCCAACUGGUGUUGGUUGCAAGGAGGCGGGGCGGGAGAAUGCUGUUCCAAUGGGUGAAGAUAUUCUCCAUGCUGGCGAUGUGGUCCAUAAUUCUCAGGGCGUUAACAAUGUUACAGCUGAUGUUCUCCCCCCUUCAGAAUGUGUUGAUGAAGAUAACCCCGAGGACGGUAACAAUGUUACAGGUGAUGUUGCCCCAUCCACAGAGGCUGUGGUUGAAGAUAACGCAGAGCGCGUUGAGAAUGUUCCAGUGAAUGAAGCAUUUAUAACUCCCAACGAGUCGAUCGUUAACGAAGAGGUUCAAUGCUCUCAGCCGACAGGUGGCGUUGUGGCCCCCCCGCGUAAUGCUUUAGAGGAAAGCCAGGGUGUUCCUGCGUCGGAUGAUGGUACUGUUGGCGAGGAGACGCAUGUGGGUAUCCCGGAUAUCUCGGCUUCUCUGCCUUCUGAUGGUGGGGUUGUGUGUGAUGGAGAGGCGGUUGAUACCCCUGAGGCUGUUUCUAUUGAUAUGACAGCAACUAAUGAUCUGGGUGCUGGCCGGGCUGCCCCUUCUGUUGUUUCCUCCCCACGCGAGGAUUCUGAUGAGGUAUUAUCUAAUUGGUUAAAUGCUAUUGUUUUUGUUAGCAGUUAGUUCGUUUUUAAUUAUUUUCCCAUUUCAGGAUUUCACCACUCCCCCCCCUUCUAAAGUAGGG